GGAAUCUUUUUAAAAAUUUGGCGCAGGCAUAAACGCGUACCAAAAACCCUUCUGAAUUUACGGGAAUGUUUUUUUUAUUUGCAACCCCUUCUCUCUAUCCUUUUUAUCAUCCAAUCUAAAAAAAACAGUUUCCAAAAUUACACCAGCGAGAACUUUGUCAACGGUUUUAAUGGCAACACCCAAAGUGGUCGACCCAGAGCCAACAGACCAGCACCUGCCAUACCUGAUGUACCUGUGUACCCAUUUUUUAGAAAUCUUUUUAUUUCGCCAUUUACUACUUUGAUAACAGCGCUCAAAAGCACUAGUAUCUUGAGAAGUAAUGACAGUCUUAACAACAUUAUAAAAUAUGCCAAUAGCUACUUAUCCUCCCUAUAAUAUAAUAGUGUCUGAUAUUAAGUAUUACAC